AUAGACUUUUCUCUCAUUCUCCUACUUACACCCAACUCAUAAAUACUACUCUUAUAUAUACAAUCUUAGCUUAAUUUCUCAUCCUAUUAAGCCAACCAAAGCCCAUCCCAACAUUUUUUUUCUCUCUCUCCCAAAUACCAACUUCAAAUCUUGUUUUUUUUUUCUCCCUCAAACAAUUAGCCAAUAUUUAGUGUUUUGAUAUUAGAGGUUAGAACCCACAUAAACUCAAAGUCUUUCUUAAAAUCUUUUUUGUCCUCCUUUUCAUAUUGGUUAGUAAAAAAACUCACCUUUCCUACAAUUUUGUUCUUGGUUUAGAUUCUUUGAAUUUCCCAACCAUUUUGUUAUUUUGUAAGUAUCCAAAAGUGAAAAAAUCAACUUUGUGUUCUUGAAAAUGGAAGAUGUUUCAAGCAAUACUAGUGUUAAAUUAGAUGAGUCUGAUUUAUUAGCUCUUCUAGGAAAGAUUAUGGUGGGGUUAAUCUUCUUAGUAGCGGUUUUCAUAUUGUUUUUCCACAUUUACACUAAAUGGUUCUUGAAUCGCCAGCAACAGCAAGAUACAGGCGAUGACUCUAACGGCGACACUUGGCGAAAAGUGAAUGGUCAGGGACUGGACCCCACCGUUCUCGAAACAAUUCCUGUCGUUGGAUUUGAUUCUAAAGAGUUUAAAGAUGGAGCAAUAUUGGAAUGUACUAUUUGUCUGUGUGAGUUUACUGAUGGUGAUAAGAUGAGAUGUUUACCAAAAUGUAAUCAUGGGUUUCAUGUUGAAUGUAUUGACACGUGGCUUCAGUGUCAUUCCACGUGUCCUCUUUGUCGUAACCCCAUUUUGACAACUGGCGAAUUGCCAUUGGAGACAGUGGAAUCAGAGGUUUCGGGUUGGGGUACCGCAGAGUUGCCUAAUUUCCCAACCAAUGUGUUAUUUUGGGGAAAUGAGACUCAAGUUAGUACCUUGUGUAAUCCUUGUUUGGACUCGACAGUAGCUUCGACGAGUAAUAAUGGAUCACAUGGAAUGUUGGUAGUCGAUAUUCCAGGGCGGGUUAGUGAAGAGGAAGAAUCGAGAUAUGUAAUGCCUGAAAGACUGAGGCGUUUGGUGAGGCUUUUGAGCGGGAAUAGGAGGGUAAUUAACCCUUCUAGUUCGCGAAAUGUAGAUAUAGAACAAGGGAGUAGAAGCCCGAGUUAGCAUAGACUCAGAGGCUGAUUCAGGAUUUAAAAUUUUAAUAGGUAUAAAAGAACAAAAUGUCAUUACACCUAUUUCUUUUUUUGAAGAAGUGAGCUUGGUUCAAUUUAUAUAUGUCUAUAAAAUGUAGUACAUGAUGUAAUGUAAAUGGUAUACUAUUUCUACAUUCUUUAGGUGUCUGUAGGCAAUGAAUUAUUGUACAUGUAUAAACAUAUUGUAGACGGCUUCUCUGUUUGAGAAUAGAGGCAAUCUAUUUUCUCUUACAGAAGAGUGUUAGAAGUAUUCUUUUUGUUAAUGCGAGCAGUGACAUUUCUUGUAUUUUCUGGAUGGUACAUUUAGAUGAAUUUACACUUCACUUGAA